AAUAAUUGUUCCGUGAAUCUGUAAGCACUGCAUAGUGCGUUUUCAAGAAUCGUGCGUUAAGCUUUCAACCAAACUUCUCAAUUUACUUUAUUCUAAACGGAAUCUAUACUCGGACUACUUAAAAUUACUGAAUAACUGUUGCGCAGCCGGAAUUUGAAUAAGAUUUUUGGCUCUGCUGUGAGUUUUUUGGAAAUUAGCGUUCUUUUGGUUGGAGGCGUAGCCUGAAAUUUCGAAGGCGAUGCCGCUGUGUGAACCUCUCAACACGUCCGCGCCUGUCGGAGACUCGGUGGGCGAGAGCGACGACAUGGCGCGCCUCAUGAAGCAAGUGAGCAUCGAGUCGCCCUCCCACAAGCUCAAGGAGUGCAUCUUUAACUUCGACGAGCCCAUGCCCGACGUGCCCGAGCUGGGGGCACGUGUCAAGGUCCGUAACGCUGGUGUGUGUUAUCGCCUGCGCUCGGCCUCGUCCAGCGCGAGCCUCAAAAGCCUCGACGCCCUCGCCCUGGGGUCCCCCCUACACCAGAGCGUCAGGGACACCUCGCUCUUCCCGGGGUAUGAGGUCGCGGGCACCGUGGACGCCGUGGGCACGGGUGUGGGGGACACGGACAUCCGUGUGGGGGACCGUGUGAUCGUGUACCCUUAUGAAGGGCACCCCCCGGGGUACGGGGAGUACAUCGCAGUACCAGAGAUCAAGUUCCUCGUCAAGAUCCCUGACUCGAUGAGCCUGAGCGUCGCUGCCAUGCUGCCUUCAGGGGCGCUCUGGGCCAUGAACACCGUGUUCAGGGCGCGUGAAGCUGUUCAAGAGGUGAUCAAGAACAAGGGUGAGGCAGGGACAUGCAGUGUGCUGCUGGUGGGCACGGGCGGGCUGGCGCUGUGGGCACUGCGUAUCGUGCGGUACUUCUGGCCCGCCAAGGAGGACCACAUCAAGAUCACCGUCGCCUGCCUGCGGGACGAGGGCAUCUCCAUUCUCAGCCGCGAGCUGGGUGUGGACAUCGUGCAGUGGUCCGAGGACCGCAAUAUAUGCUUGUGGACAUCGUGCAGUUGGCUGCGGAGGCUCGAGGGCUGGGACCACAGGGAGCAGUCGCUACAGCAGGAGAGAACCGAGGACCACAUUGUGGUGAUGGGGGGCGGCGUGAUCCUGGUGUCAGCGGAGCACGCGGAGAGCUUCCUGGCGCGCUACACGAAGGAGGCCCAGAGCAGCGACCACCAGCUGCUGGCCGUCCAGCUGGGCAGUCUGGACCAGCUCAAGGAACUUGUCCAUCUGGUGUCCACCAACGCGAUCGAGCCUCCUCCCCACCACAUCUUCCCCGCGGAUUGCGCCAACGAAGCCAUCGCAAAAAUCGGCAAGGGGCAAAUCCUGGGACGCGCCAUAUUGGAAUUCCCCGAGGAAGAGGAUGAGGAGUGAACCACAACCCCGGGGUUGGGGAGUUAUGUUUCAUUCAUGGAGCAUUAAUGUUAUGAGAAUAAUCUUUGAAUGAGUAAUGUUUUGAUGAGUGAAUAUACUCAUUCGGUCGUCACGCGCGGCUGGAAAUGUUGACGAUGAAUUUGCAUUCAUUGAUGAAUCUUAUUGAUGAAAUUUGCAUGUAUUGAUGAAUCUUAUCUUGUCUAAUGGCAAGAAAGUGCGCCGUAUUUUCAUCAGUAAUACUAAGUUAUCAUGCAAAUGUUUGGGCAAUGAGGAAAGUUGCUCGUUUAAUCCCUAUCAGAAUCCGUUGCACACGUAAAUUUGACGGUAAAAUAACGUUUUUUUACGUUUGAUUCAAUUGAAGUUUAGAGGUUAACCCGAUGACGACUUAGCGAUGUUCUGCCCACUACAACUUUGUGCGAUGUUCAACCCACUACAACUUUGUGCGAUGUUCAACCCACUACAACUUUGUGCGAUGUUCAAUUCACUACAACUUUGUGCGACGUUCAACCCACUACAACUUUGUGCGACGUUCAACCCACUACAACCCAACAUUGUUGUGUCAAGGGAACAGAAUUUGUGUUUGAAGCGCGGGUCAAAACUUGCGUAUAUUUUCUGUCAUAAAUUUAGUUUAUUUUGGGUAAGGACUGGCAGAUGCGACCACUAACUGCACUGUACACAACAAUAUAUGUUACUGCACUGUACACAACAAUACUGUAUUCCAAUACCAGUUCUUGGUAUUGGAAUACAGUAUUACAAUAUUACAUACUGUAAUACUGUAUUACAAUACCAAAACUUCGCUUUGAGAAACUGUUCUUGAAUAUUAUACGAGAACAGUUAUUGUCCUGCCGCUUGUUGUUUUCUGGUCACACAGUUCACACAUGCCACCAGUUCACACAUGCCACCAGUUCACACAUGCCACCAGUUCACACAUGCCACCAGUUCACACAUGCCACCAGUUCACACAUGUGUCACACGUAUGUGUGCUCAUGUCACCUAAAGAACACAUGUAUAACUGGAACAAGACAUGCAAUUUACGUUAAUGUUUAUUUAAACUUUAAGUUUGCACGAACACAGCGACGUUUCUAUACACGAAUGUAGUUCGUUAAGAACAUUGUUCUGCAAUGUACGUCGGUCUCGUAUGUUUGUAUAGUAAAGUAAAAUGUUGUACAAAUACAAGAGUUUGUAGUGUUAGUGAGAGGUAAAUGUGUCGUUUUAGUGCUAUUCGUACGGAGAAUUUUUUGUGAUAUCCGUACAUGAGGAUUAUGGAUUGCAAGUGAGUCAAGCUCUGAAGUGGGUCAAUAAAUCCUUCAGAAAUGUCAGUUUUACUAUAAAAACCUUUUAUCCAUUGACCUUAUCAAGAGAAAGCUCGUACCAUUAAUAAUUAAAUAUUUAUAUCCACAAUAGGGCAACUAUAUAUAAACACUUAAAUGAAAAAUUGCACGAAUUUGCAUCUUAGAUAUUUUCAAAAUGCCUACGGCUAUAAAUAUAUCAGGCAGUUAUACUUACUAAACUGAUAUAACCUAACCUAUCAUUACUUGCAGUACGAAACAAUUGUUAUAUAAAUUAUUAUACAUAAAUAAAUCUUGGAAAUAUAAGACCUCUAUAACGUUUCGUGUUGAACCCUCAAUUCUAAUGCUAUUCCUACCUGAAUUGUAAAUUAUUUGAUAUGUUAUGCAGACAAUUGUAUUAUAUAUUACAGUGCAUUUGUACUAUAAGUACAUCUGUUGUGCCCACGCAGGGCCUUCGUAACAUUAAAGCUACUCGUCGAA